AUGGAGCUGAGCCCCGGGCCCGCUGUGCCCUCGGGCUGGGCGCUGCCGCUGCUCCUCGCCUUGGGCGCCGGGCUCAGCCACGCCACCCCGCACCUGCGCUACUCCCGCCCGGGCUCCCGCAGCAAGAACUGGUGCGCGUACAUCGUGAACAAGAAUGUCAGCUGCUCGGUGCUGGACGGGACCGAGAGCUACGUCCAGGCCCAAUACAAGUGCGCCUGGAACGAGUUUCCCUGCCGACCGACCCCGGUAUACCGAACAAGUUUCAGACCUCGCUACACGGUUGCAUAUAAGACUGUGACAGAGCUAGAAUGGAGAUGCUGUCCUGGGUACAAAGGAGAAGACUGCAGAGAAGGGCCAUCGGAACAGCCUAGGGCAGCUCGUCGGCCCACAACACCAGCAAAAGCUAUUGUGAAGAAAGGCUUGGAUGCUGAACCAACAGAAGUGCCAGAACCUCCACCACAUGAGAAGAAAAUGCAGUUUUUUGAGGAAGAAUUAUUUAGACUUACACGAUCGGUGAUCGAACUUCAGUCCUCCUUGGCACGUGUGAACGAAAAUCUGAAGCUGACUGUUCAAGAAGAUGCCAGUAAGAUGUUGGUCACUUGGUUGAACAACCUUUAUGAUCGCCCAGAGCCUGAUAGUGCAGUUAGUGGUGAAACAGACAGUAUUCAUCUGCCUGGACUCAGCAAUAAAGAUCAGAAGGACCCUUUUCUUGAUUUUGAAGUGGAAGAUCUGAAGUCUGAGCUAGCUGAGGUCAAAGAGGCCUUGAAGAACAGGAAUGAUAAGCUGGAAGAACUGAAUGGUAAAGUAAAAGGCUAUGAAGGACAGUUAAAACAACUGCAGGAGGCAGCACAGGGACCCACAAUAACAAUGCCUAGUGACAAUAUAUAUCGGGAAUAUAUAGACUCAAGAUUUGAGUCCCUCAGACAGGAAUUGCUGGAAGGAUUUGAAAAGAAAAUGGCAGAUCUGAAGAACUCUUGUGAAUACAAACUACAGGAUAUCCAGCAGCAGUGUGAUGACAAUGAAAAUAACUGUUUAGGUAUAAUAGAUGUUAUAAAAGGCAAAGAAAAUGACUUGAAGAAGGAGAUAAAUUCUCUCCGUACUCAGAUUCCAUCAAACCAUUCCAGUUGCUGCAAGGAGAGUGAGAGAAAUGACUUGGACCAGCAGAUAAAAGAUUUAGAUAAGAAGCUUGACAGAGUUGUGGAAGCACACAGGAUCUUGAACGUGAGAAUAGAUAAUGAAAUCAGUCGAUUGUCAACUCCAGAUUUGGAAGACAUGUUUGGUGAGAGGCUGGAGGAGCUAGAUGCAAGGAUGAACAUCACUGAACGAAAUGCUGAAGAGCACUGCUUUUACAUUGAGGAAACUCUCCGAAACACUAUAGCUGUUGAGGCAGAUGAGCUGAGAGAUUUGUUUGACCAAAAACUACGGGCACUAGAAGAUAGGCUGGGUGGCACUAUUUUAGAGAUGGCUAAUACCACAGACCCAGAUGGAAUGUAUAUGAAUCCUGUGCCUAUCAUGCCCAGUGACACUGGGUUUGCAAAUGAGCAAUUUACAGCAGAGAUGAAUCUCUUGAAAAACAAACUGCUGUCCCUUGAACGCCUCUGUGGGCAGAAGUGUCAGUCUGCACCACAAGGUAUGGAGAACCUUCAGAAAGAGCUAGAAAAUUGUAAUAACAAUUACAGUCACUUGCUUAUGAAAACAGAGAACAACUCUGCUCUUCUGCAAUUUUUAAAUAGCUCUCUUAAUGAGAAAAUUAAGGGCAACCAGCGUGACAACCAGAAAAUACAGAGAGAUUUACGUGUACUCCGGUAUAGUCUAAAUGUCAUGGAUAAAGAUGUGAAGAAUAUUCAAGAUGGCUUGAAUAAUUGCAAGGAGCAACUUCUGGGAGUCAACUCAACCUGUAGAAAGACACAAAGAGGUGUCUACCGAAAAAUUGAUCAAAUGCAGAAGACAUUUGCAAAUCAAACCAUUCAUCCUAGUGAUAAUUGCUGCAGUGAAGUGAGAGAGAGACUAGAACAAUUAAAUGACCAAAUCCUGAAUGAUCAUAGCAAGUGUAAAGAAAAGACCCAUGGUAUGCAGGACGGCGUUUCAGAUGUUGAGAGCAGAGUCUCACGUGUUGAAAAGGUUUGUGGCAAGCUGGACUCUGUUUCGGGUAGCUUGCAGAAGAUAAAAGAAGGUCUAGAUAAGCACGUGAGCAGCUUAUGGAACUGCAUACGUGAAAUGAAUGGAACUAUAUCAUCUCAUUCCAAAGAUAUUUCUGGCCUCAAAAAUUCUGUCCAGCGGUUUUAUAGUCAGGUCUCUAAAAUUACCACAGACAUGGAAGGCAUGCUGAAAUCACAGUCUGACACAAGGCGACCAGAAGCACCGCGGCAGGCAGUGCCACCGAGACCUGCGCUGCAGCCCCAGCCUGGCACACCGUUGCUGCCCUCCAGGCCCAGGAUCCAGCCCCCACGGCAGCGGCCCCCGCUGCAGCCGCCGCAGCCCAGGCCUGCACGCCCGGGGCUGCCUGGCUCAGCCCUGACUCCAUUCCUGCCUGGCACGACCGGGAUCAUCCUGGAAACCGGGGAGGCCGGACCUCCUGGCACAGUGCUGAUGUCAGGGAGAGGCCAGCUGAGAAGCGUCGAUGGUCAGGCUGGUCAGAGCACCAUGCCCAUUGCGGAGGGGUACGCUGGAGCACCAGGAUAUCCAAAGUUAUCACCUCCAAACAUAGACUCACAAGGACCUGCUGCUGCUGCGGCCUCUCUGGUGUCCUUUUCAGCUGGGCUCACACAGAAGCCUUUCUCCAGUGACGUUGGCGUCGUUCACUUUAACAAAGUGCUCGUGAAUGAUGGGGAUUUUUACAACCCCAAUACAGGCAUAUUCACAUCACCAUAUGAAGGGCGCUACCUGAUCACGGCUGUGCUGGCUCCAGAGAGGGAUGAGUAUGUUGAAGCAGUGCUGUCCGUCUCCAAUGCAAGUGUUGCUCAGCUGCACACGGCUGGGUACAGAAGGGAACUGCUGGAGUACCACAAACCCUACUCGGGGAAACGGACCUGUGGUGGUCCUGGAACAUUCCACCUUGUUCUUCACCUCAAAGCAGGAGAUGAAGUAAAUGUCGUCGUAACAGGAGGCAAGCUGGCCUACACAGACUCUGACGAAAUGUACUCCACGUUUAGUGGGGUUCUCCUUUAUCCUUCUAUUUCCCAUGUUUAGGCCCACCAUCAAACAGGAGAGAAGGGUAAGAUAUUCUGAAGAAAUUAAGAGUAAUAAAAUUCAAAGCUUUAAUAUAUUCAGUUUAUAUAUUUGAUUUCAGUGAUGAUUUGUCUAUAAUGAAACCUUUUUCUUGUCCUGUUACCAGAGACAGCUACAGCUACAGCCAGUUUCUGUAGCCAAACUACUCUUUCUCCAAGUCUUUGUUUACCUGUACAGACAGAACAGCUGUUAAGCAACAGUUGCAUUCUGAGUUGAUACUUCUCCACUGCGCUCUUAUCCGCUAUAUUAAAUAUCCUUUUCAGUUU